UCUUAUCUGGGCCCCUCCCUGCCUUGCCUGGCAUCUCCUGGCUCUGGCAAGAACAGUAACUUCUCUUCCUGGGGCAGCGCUUUUCCUUCUGGGCCACCACCAUCAUGGGCCACUUCCCAACACUGCUUCUCCUGUGGGUGGCAAUGGCUUUGGUGCACUUGGUGGGCACGCAGGAGGGCAAGACCCUGGCAGACAACCAGCCGGAGGAGGUGAGGGGAGACCUUUCCAGAGACCUUGAGCUGCAGGAGGAGGAGGAGGAAGCAGUCUUGGCCCUCAACCAGCACACUUUUGGCCAAGCGCUGCAGGAAUACCAGCUGCUCCUGGUGCUAUUCUAUGCCCCCUGGAGCGAGCUCUGUCAGGCGCUGGCACCUGAAUAUGCCAAGGCAGCUGCUCUGCUGAAGGAAGAGGCAGCUGCUGCCACACUGAGACUGGCUAAGGUGGACGCGAUGGAGGAGCUGGAACUGAAGCAGGAAUUUGGCAUUGCUGGGUACCCAGCCUUCAAGCUCUUCCGGGAGGGGAACCGCACCCACCCCACAGACUACACAGGCCAGCGAGAGGCCGAGGCGAUUGUGACAUGGCUGAGGCGGAAAGCUGGGCCCAGUGCCCUGCUGCUUACUAGUGAGGCAGAGGCCACUGCCUUCCUCGAUGACAAUGCCGUGGCAGUGAUUGGGUUCUUUCACGACCUUCAGAGUGAGGAUGUGCGUCUCUUCUAUGAGGUGGCCAGAGAUGUUUCUGAUGUGCCCAUGGCCCUCACUGACUGCCCCGAACUCUUCCGGAAAUAUGGCAUUUCGGGGGGCAAACACCCCUGUGCCCUCUUUCAGGACGAGGUCAAUGCUGAUGUUCCACGGGCAGACUUCCCAGUCGAUGAGGAUUUGGGCCUGGAGGCGGCAGAGCUGGCCCACUUCCUUGCGGUGCAGAGCCUGGAGCUUGUGAUGGAGUUCACGAACCAGAACUCCUCCAAGAUCUUUGGGGCCAAGAUCCCAAACCACCUGCUGCUCUUCAUUAACAAGACGGUGGAGUCCCAGCUACAGCUCCUGGGAGGCUUUCAGGGCGCAGCUUCCGCCUUCCGGGGCCAGGUCCUCUUUGUCUUGGCUGAUGUCCAUGGUGAAGGAGCCAGACUGCUCCACUUCUUUGGCUUGAAGAGCCAUGAGGUCCCUGCCCUCCGAUUCAUACACAUUGAGACCAACAAGAAGUACCGCUUGAGCACAGAAGAGGGUCUGUCAUCCCCAGCCAUCAGCGCCUUCUGCCAGGGAGUACUGGAAGGCAAAGUCCAGCCCCACCUGAUGAGUGAGGAGCUCCCAGGUGACUGGGAUCAGCGGCUGGUGAAAGUCCUGGUGGGCCACAACUUUGAGCAAGUGGCCCUGGAUGAGACCAAGGAUGUCUUCGUCAAGUUCUAUGCCCCCUGGUGCCCACACUCGAAGGCCAUGGCUCCCAUCUGGGAGGAGCUGGGCAAGAAGUACCAAGACCACGCCAACAUUAUCAUUGCUGAGAUGGAUGCCACCACCAAUGAGGUAGCAGACUUGCCCAUCCGCGCCUACCCCACUCUCUAUUACUUUCCGUCUGGACAAGGUCGCAAGAUGACUGAGUACCGGGGCACCAGAGACCUGGAGAGCUUCUCAAGGUUUCUGGAGAGCGGAGGGGAGCCCCCACCCCAAGAAGAGCCUGUGGAACCUGAGACCCCUGAGGAACUGAAGGAGAACCAAACAAGACCACUGGGUCCCCAGGAGUCAAGAGAUGAAUUGUAGAGCCUGAGCAGAGCAAUACAACCCACCCAUCCUGCAAA